AUGAUCCCCAAAAUCGCUGUAAUCGGAGAAGGCGUCAUCGGAUGCACUUCUGCCCUCCAGAUCGCCAAAGCCAUCCCAAACUCUCGCAUCACAGUACUUCACGAUAAGCCAUUUGAGAAAUCGUGUAGUGCCGGACCAGCUGGGCUAUUUCGAAUUGAUUAUGAGGAGAACACCGAAUACGGACGUGCCUCAUUCGCCUGGUUCUCCCAUUUGUAUCGUACCACAAAAGGAACGGAGACUGGUGUGAAAUUGGUGUCCGGACAUAUUCAAUCGGAUAAUUUGGAGUCGUUGAAACAGCAACAAAGAGCUUAUGGAGAUAUCGUCUAUAAUUUCCGAUUUUUGGACGAUCGGGAGAGAUUGGACAUGUUCCCAGAGCCAUCUAAACACUGUAUCCAUUACACUGCAUAUGCUUCAGAAGGGAAUAAAUACGUUCCAUACCUUAAAAAUUUGCUUUUGGAACAAAAAGUAGAGUUCAAACAGGAAGAAGUGACUAGCCUUGACACCGUAGCCGACGGUGGCUAUGAUAUAAUUGUAAACUGCGCUGGAUUAUAUGGCGGCAAAUUGGCUGGAGAUGAUGACACAUGUUAUCCGAUUCGCGGAGUCAUUUUGGAAGUGGACGCUCCAUGGCAUAAGCACUUCAAUUACAGGGAUUUUACCACAUUCACGAUUCCAAAAGAGCACAGUGUAGUAAUUGGCUCUACUAAACAGGACAAUCGUUGGGACCUGGAAAUCACUGAUGAGGACCGAAAUGAUAUUUUGUCCAGAUACAUCAAAUUACACCCUGGAAUGCGGGAACCGAAAAUAGUGAAGGAGUGGUCAGCACUCCGUCCAGGCCGUAAACAUGUUAGAAUCGAGGCGCAGAAACGAACGGCAAGUGGAAGUGGGAAAGAGUAUACGGUCGUUCAUCAUUAUGGUCACGGAAGUAAUGGAUUCACACUUGGGUGGGGUACCGCUAUUGAGGUUACCAAGCUGGUCAAAAAGGCGUUAGGCCUUUAA